UCCACCCACCAGACGACCCUGUGAGGCCCCGGGAGGAGAGAAAGGGGCAGUGCUAGGGCCGGGGCGGGGCUGAUGCUGGGGCGGGGCUGAUGCUGGGGCGGUGCCUGCGUCGGCGGCUGCGGCGUAGCUCCGCCCCCGGCGUUGGCGCGAGAUCCGAACGUCGGUGGAGGCCGUUAGAGCCAUUCUGUGAGGCAGCUGGAGCCGGAGCCCGGUGUCCGGCUGGCUGGGUGUCGGCAGCGGCCAUGAGGCGGAGAGGCCAUGAGGAAGAGGCCUGCGGUGUGUGGCUGGACGCUGCGGCGCUGAAGCGGCGGAGAGUGCAGACAUAUUUAAUGAAGCCAAACACCAAAAUGUUAACACACUUUCCUGGAGAGAAAAAGGCUAAGAUUUCUUUUACUCAAAGAAUUCCACCUACAGGCAUUCGGCAGACCAGCAUUGCUUCCUUCUUCACCCUGCAGCCAGGAAAGACAAAUGAUGGUGACCAGAGGAGUGUUUCGUCUCAUAUAGAAAGUCAGAUCAACAAAGAGUCUGAGAAAGAUGCAGCCCAUCUAGAUCAUCUGAUCCAGGGCUUGGAGGACGAGUGCAUGUCACCCCCAUUAGCCACUUCAACCCCUGCAGAUACCCAGGAAGCUGGACUUUCUCUUCAUUUCCUCCAGGCUUCUGACCACCACAGAAUGGGAACUUCGUUUUUGACUAUGCUGUCUUUGCCCCAGCCUGACCCCUUGGUCUGUGCUGGAAAGAGCAAAGCCUCAUUCUCUUGUUCCUUCACUCAGAACUUGGAAGGUCCUUACUUGCUGGACCAACAGGAAGGAGAUAAAGACUCUUUCUGGAAAAGGGAAUGGCUUCAUGGAUCUAAGGAAAAAAACUAUCAGGAUGUGGAGAGACGCAUUCAACCACCGGGGGGCAAAGGCCUUCAGUCUUUGGACAAGAUUAAAUUGGGAAAGGUGUCUGCCCGAGAAACCAGGCAGGACCCCAUCCCCCUUCAAACAUUCCAUUCCUGGAACGGAGAAAACACAGACUUAGUGAAACAAAGCCCUUGUCCUGUCCCUGUGUUUUCCUGGGACAGUGAAAAGAAUGACUCCUGGAGUCAGCUUUUCACUGAGGAUUCUCAGGGCCAGCGGGUCAUUGCCCACAACUCUAGAGCUCCUUUCCGAGAUGUAACGAACAAUCAGAAUCGGGACUUAGGGCAGUUGCAUGAUAGCUCUUGGGUUCAGUGCCAGGAGAGGCCAACUCAGUUAAAUCUGCAGCCUGAUUUGCUCUUUACCCAGGACUCUGAAGGUAAUCAAGUUAUCAGGCACCAAGUCUAAAUACCUUGAUGAUGGUUUGGUUCUAGAAGUACCUUGAGAUGACAGAGCUCUAGGAAAAUAUUGGGCGGGAGGGCAGCGGAGGGAGGCAAGGGAUGAAGUUAUUAUUGAGCAUUUCUUUGUGUAAAUAAACCAGGUGGUGGCACU